AUGGACUCGAGAUCGGUGUUUGUCUUAUUAUGGAUGUUGCUGUCGUCCACCUCCACUGGAAUCAAACUAGAUGGAAAUGGAUAUGUUGACGUUAUAAUCGCAAUCGGUUCAAAAGUUCCACAGGAUGACAGACUUAUUGAUAAAAUCAAGGACAUGGUCACUGAAGGGUCGGUUUAUCUUUAUGAAGCAUUGGAUAAAAAGGUCUAUUUCAAAGAAGCUACAAUACUAGUCCCAUCCCACUGGAGUUGUAAGAAUGUUACCAAAGCAAGAACAGAGUCAUUUGAUAAAGCAAAAAUAAGAAUUGAUAAUGCUAAUUCAACAUACGGUGAUCAGCCCUACACUAAACAGUAUGGAGAAUGUGGAACUAUGGCAGAAUACAUUCAUUUCACCCCAGAAUACCUCCUAAAUGACACAGUCAUCCAGCUUUACGGAUUAAGGGGAAGGGUCUUUGUGCAUGAAUGGGCUCAUCUGAGAUGGGGCGUGUAUGAUGAAUACAAUAAAGAAAAGCCAUUCUACUACUCUAAUGGCCGUAUUGAAGCUACAAGGUGUAGCAAAAAUAUUGAAGGUCAGUUUUAUGAGGUUACUGCUGAAAGAUCUCUUCAAGCAUGCCGUAAAGAUCCACAAACUUCACUACCAACCGACAAGUGCAAGUUUUUUCCAAACAUAAAUAAAAAAACAAACAGCUCCUUAAUGUUCCUACCAAGCCUGGAUUCUGUGAGCAAAUUUUGUCGUAAAAACGAGCACAAUUAUGAAGCCCCAAACCUGCAAAAUAAAAAAUGUGGCAAAGCGACAUGGACCGUAAUAUUUGAGGAUUCUGUGGAUAAAGAUGCACUUCGUUCUCUGAAACCACUGCAGUCCCCUCCACCAAUACCAUCUUUCAAAGUUGUGCAGAGGGCACAACGGGUCGUUUGUCUCAUCCUUGAUGUCUCAGGAAGCAUGGCAGGCGCUAGAAUUCUUCAACAGCGACAGGCUGCCACACAUUUCCUGCGGUACAUCAUUGAGGAUCAAGCCAGGGUUGGAAUUGUAACCUUUAGUACUGAUGCUUCUACUCUGCGAUCCUUGACUAUUAUUGACAGUAACAACGCUCGAGAGACUCUUAUCCAAUUGUUACCAAAAGUAGCAGCUGGAUCAACAAACAUGUGUUUGGGCCUUAGUCAAGGCUUACAGGUGCUUCAAGAGGACAAUGGGGAUGUAUUAGGAGAUGAAAUCAUUUUUCUGACAGAUGGUCAGGCAACGGACAACAUUGCUGGUUGUGCUCCAUCUGCAAUACAAAGUGGUGCCAUUAUAAGCACAAUAGCUUUUAGUAAAAGUGCAGCUCAGGCACUGACAGAAAUGGCGAACAAAACUGGGGGGAUAUUUCUCAUAGCCAAAGAUGACAUGAUCUCCAACCAGUUAAUGGAUGCGUUUGCUUCGCUUACAUUAUCAACUGGUGAUUACACAAACGAACCAGUUCAGCUAGAGAGUGCUGGAGUAAGAACAUCUGAUUGGUUUAAUGGAACAGUAUCAGUGGAUCAGACUGUUGGGAACAAAACCAGCUUUGUAAUAAUUUAUGAAAAAGGUUUUCCUAGUGUUUACAUACAGUCACCAAGUGGCUCAAUCUACACUCAGACAAAUCUGAGUCAUGAUGGUUCUCUGAAAACAGUCACUUUAAACAUUCCAGGAACUGCAGAGCCUGGGGACUGGGAGUACAGUAUCCAAACUACCUCAAAUCAGGCUUUCACUAUAACCAUAACGAGUCAAGCGUCACGUGAUGAUGUUCCUCCUAUUAUUGUCAAAACCCACAUGAACCAGCAGUUCAAUGAUGGCUCUAAACCCAUGAUAGUGUUUGCUGAGGUUAGUCAGAAUUACAGGCCUGUAAUAAAUGCUGAAGCGUGGGCUACACUGGAGUCGGAAACUGGGUCUGUACAUACCUUACAACUGCUGGACAAUGGAGCAGGAGCUGAUGCUUUUCAAGAUGACGGAAUCUAUUCCAGAUAUUUCACAAAGAUUGUAAAUGGGAGAAGCAGCUUGAAAGUAAGAGUGAAGAAUCAAGGUGGACAAACCAGAUUUGCUGUCCAAAAAAAUAGUGGCGCCCCAUACAUACCCGGAUAUGUGGUAAACGGUAAACCCUGA